CGCAGAGGAACGGAUCGAAAGGUCGCGCGGGGCAAGGCGUCGAGGCUUGGUCGAGACGCUAUCGCGUCGAACGCUGGGAUCGUUCAGUUGCCGGCGCGAGACGCGAUAUCGCUGGCGUGUGAGCGUCCUCUCGCGAGGACCAAGCCGAGAGGAAUCAUCCCUGGCUGACAGGAGCGAGCACUCGACGAGUCUGCCGCAGCCUCUGCGAAACCGGUAGGGCCGCGUGGUGGGGUGCGUGGUCACGGAAGAGUCGGAGACGAGCAGGUGAGAAUCGUGGGUAGGAGAAGGAUCGAGUUUCAGGAGCACAAAGGACUCGCAAGAUGUCGACGGGCAAGGAGAACGGCUCGCUGGCCGAGGAGCGAAGAAUCGACAUCGAGAAGCCAUAUUGGGAUCAGAGCACGUUUAAGGGUAGGGCGAUGCACUUCCUCUCGGUCACGAAUCCUUGGAAUCUAUUCGUUGGCAGCAAGCGGCUGGAACAUGCCCGAGACGUGGUCACGAAGUACAGAAAGGGGGAUAGCCUGGCGCAAUUGAAGGUCACGGAAGAAGAGCUGUGGGAAUGCAAAUAUCUUUACGACAGCGCAUUCCAUCCGGACACGGGAGAGAAGAUGCUGGUGAUAGGUCGCAUGAGCGCACAAGUCCCGAUGAACAUGAUGAUCACCGGCUGUAUGUUGACGUUUUACAAAACAACGGCGAACGUGAUAACGUGGCAAUGGAUAAAUCAAUCGUUCAACGCGAUCGUCAACUACACGAAUCGUAGCGGUUCCAGUCCGAUUCCCAUGAGCACGAUUUUCCAAAGUUACGUAAUUGCGACUGGGGGUGCUGUGGUGACAGCACUCGGCUUGAAUCGGCUCUUCUUUUUUUUCCGAAGUGCUCCACCCUUGGUAGGUCGAUUAGUCCCGUUCGCAGCUGUAGCAGCUGCCAACUGCGUGAACAUCCCCUUCAUGAGGAUGUCCGAGCUGCAGAACGGUAUAGAACUGCAGACCGAAGACGGGGCGAAAGUUGGCAAUAGCAAGCGUGCAGCUAGAAAGGCUAUCGCUGCAGUGACUCUGUCUCGUAUUCUUAUGGCUUCGCCGAGCAUGAUACUCGCGCCCAUAGUGAUGAACUUCAUAGACAGACGACAACUGCUGCGUAAUGCGAAAUGGACGGUAGUGCCUCUUCAAGUUCUACUCUGCGGUGUUUGCUUAACAUUCGCCACUCCGCUCUGUUGCGCUCUGUUCGUGCAACGAGUACCAAUUUCGGUGACCGAGCUGGAGCCAGAAGUACAGGAGCAAGUACUCUCUAAAGAUGCUAGUCUUCGAACAGUGUACUAUAACAAAGGUCUUUGAACAAAUCGCUAGUUGAAAUGCUGUCUAAGGAAACGUACGCAAUUGAAACAGAUCUGGAGUAAAACAAGUUCCGAGUGUGAUAUUUCUACAGAUAACUUCGUUAAUGACUCAAAGACGGUUCUAUUAGAAUCGAAGGACAGAUACAAGCACGUUACACAGUUCUACUUACAGAUAUUACUAUUUGUUACAACCACCGAAAGCCACCGAAGACAAGCAACG